GCCAUGAGAAGGGCUAUGGUGGCUUGGGGCAAGAGUCUACUUUCCCAGAGAAAUGUGUCUUGAUGUCUAUGUUCCCACAGAAAAAUUGGAAAAUGAAAGACCGAGAGAGCUUUGUGUUUUAAGAAAAAUUGGGAGAAUGCAAAUGUCCGAACAAGACUCAUGCAAAGGUGGAACACCAAAAAUAUCUACAAAUUAGAUGAACAUUACUUAUGGCUGAUUUGAAGAUCCUGUUCACUAUCACUUAGCUCUCCCUUAUUUGUAAUGAUACUUUUCAGAAGGCUAAUCUUAUCACAACAUACAAGAGAAAAACUCACCACCUUGGAAAGGAUCACGGGUAUACUGAAAGGCACUUGAUCAAGAGAAAUCUGGGGGAAGCUGGAAACCAUCAAGUUAUUGAGGCCACACGGGGCAGAAAAGAUAGAAGAAAGAAAGUUUAUCAGUUUCUUCCUAAACCUCUUAGAAAUAACAGCAUAUCUUAAUCUGAGACUUCCCGUGGGCCACAGGCCAUGAUGGAUGUGCACCUCGAUACUCCUGAGGGUCAGGAGAACGCAAGCAACAAUGGCAAGGGAAGCAGCGGCACAGGAAACCAGCAAGAUGUUGCUAUGAGGACAGAUUCAUCGAAAAUGACUGAUGUGGAGCCUGUGGUCAACAAUUUUGCAUCUUCAGCAAGGACAGGCCGCCGGAAUGCGGUGCCAGACAUCCAGGGCUCAGCGGGGACAGGUGGAAUCUCGGAGUUGCCCCUCAGACUGGAGGCCCUCUCCAUGGAGGAAGAUGUAAAAAAGAAAGAUGAAGAAACAACACAAUGCCAAUUGGAAAAGCCCCCAAAAGAAGAAAAAUGAAGGCUCAUGAACUAUCAAAAGUGCUGAAUUUCUGUAAACUGAAAGACUUAGUGGCCCUGCUUUCCUGAGAUGUUUGAUCUGGUAGUAACUAUGGUAACAUUGCAGCCCUAAGCAACACGUGUGUAUUAGAUAAUUUUGUUGUGAUGCUACUCACUUGGAAUGCAACCACAAUAUCCAAUGUAGGCUAUUAAACGGCAUAUUACUUCCAAAUUGCA